GUUCAAGCGUGUUCCAUGUGUUCUUAAACAUCCGGGUUUGUGACUCUGAUACUUUCGAAUUUGUGAUGGACGCGUUGGAUACUGAUGCGAUCUCGGUGCACGACUUCUCGGAGAAGAUUUUAGAGCAAGUUGUUCAUUUCCAUGUGAUGAAAAUGAAAGGCGGGUUCUUCCUCUGGAUUGGCGCUACCCCCAACCUGUCAAACUUGGCUGUUUCAAUGAGCAGUAAAUACGAUUCAGUGCCAUUGUCAACAUUACUGCUAGGAGACCCGUCAGAUACAGCACCAAAUGCACUGGCACAGAGACUUGCUAAGAAAACCAAAAAGCAAGUGUUUGUCAGCUACAGUCUUCCAUCCACAGACUCCAGUCUUACGCUGCUAGUGGAAAACAGAAUAAAGAAAGAAAUGGAACAGUUUCCUGACAAAUUUUAGUUUUUUUUUUUUUU